AAACGAUUGGAACGAUUUAUUUUACAAAACCCUGUGUAUGAAAACUUGGGUCUCGAUGAAGAACAAAUUAAUGCGUGUUUUCGGGGCCAAGGGGGUUUGUCUAUUUACGGACUUGCUAACUCGUCCAGAUUGUGCGCGUUUUCGGCAGUUCCUACUUUAUGUGUUCUUGAGAUAGGGGGUAACGAUGCGACGACUCAACCAGCACAUGUCAUUGCACAAGACAUUUUUUCAUUUGCGAACUAUUUGAUACAUGGAUAUGGUGUAAAAUCCGUGAUCAUUGGUCAACUGUUGCGCCGCGACCCUCGAAAAUCACCGAUUGGAUAUAACGAGGAAGUCAUCAGUAUAAACAAACACUUGGAACAUUUGACAAGUAGUGAGGAGCAUGUCUAUUUCUGGAAACAUAGAGGAUUUUGGACUAAUUUGGCAUACCUUGUGCGCGAUGGAGUUCACCUUGGGGUAGAUUCGGAUGGAUGUUAUCCAGCACCCAUGGUCAAAUACUUGAGGAGCAUAAAAUAUGCAGUGCAUAACAGAGUUCAAAACUCAAGGCCAAUUCAGGAAAGAAGCCUAAAAUCAGAUCCAAGAUUAAGGGGAAUGCCAACUAUCCUACUUAGUUGGAACGAAAUACCAUGGGGAAAAGGCAAGAAGAAACAGAAAAGGAAGGAGGAGGAGAGAGCAGACAAAAACAGGAAGACUUUGAAAAAACAACCUGGUAAAAGAGUGAAGAGAAAUGCUUCUGGCCAUAGGACUCCAGUCAAGAUAUCCAGAAAAGACAUCGGAAAUCAAAUCAGGAGAAAAGACUUCGUGCAUUUGCAGAAGCACGGGUGUAAACAACCUCAGCUCGAAUACUUCAACAGUGACGCUCUUCCAGAUUUUUUGACCGCAAAGUAUCACCCUACUCCUACCCUUGAAGAUGUUGGUCUUAACAGCUAUUUGUACAGUCCCCUAUCAACGCCGACAUAUCUGUUACCAGCUCUGAAGUCUGAGAAGUCUUUGUCAACAGCCCAUGACUAG